UGGGGGGGUACGGAGCUGCCCCGGAGGGAGAGGAUGGACAGCGAGGUGCAGAGGGACGGCCGUAUCCUGGACCUGAUCGAUGACGCGUGGCGGGAGGACAAACUGCCGUACGAGGACGUGGCCAUCCCGCUGAAUGAGCUCCCUGAACCAGAGCAAGACAAUGGAGGUACAACGGAGUCUGUGAAAGAGCAAGAAAUGAAGUGGACAGAUUUGUCUCUGCAGUAUCUCCAUGAAAACGUCCCUCCCACGGGAAACUAAUGAAUCCAGGGGACUUCAUGUAUAAUUAUAUCUUCUGUUAACUUAUUCUUUAGUUGGUGCCAAUUCUGUUCUUAAAUGUUUUCUACACGUGAUAAAAAUGUACUUUUCA